AAGUCACUUCACCUCAGCGGGGCACUCAGUCAGCGCACAGUGGCUGAGAGCAACAGCGGGAAUCUCCUCGAAACUGCACGAACGCCUGACAACUGACAGCGCAGUGAUGCCAGACCGACUGCGCAGCUUCGUCGCGUGUUUGAGCGGAAUUAAGUCUCAAUAACUUCCUCACCUAGAGCGGCGACGUGAGAGAGAAAGAGAGAGAGAGAGAGAGAGAGAGGGGGAACCGAACGUUUGAAGCGUUGAAUGGGUUUGGACGCGUGUGCGCUCUGGCUUUGCUCGGAUGGGAUGCACGGUGAGCUUCAUCUGCUGUGAAGAGGACUUUCUGCAAAUGCCAAUUUACCAAGAUGAAGAGGAGAAGAAGAAGAAAGAGGAGAGCCCGGGAAAGCCAGAGGAGUUGGAGGCUCUUCAUUCCCAUACGUUCCGAGUGAAGACUUUCAAGAAGGCCAAGCACUGCAGCGUUUGCAAGCAAACCAUCAUCCAGGACGGACUUGUCUGCCGAGUGUGCCGAAUAGCUUGCCACAAGAAAUGUGAAGUCAAGGUGUCUUCAUCUUGUGUUCCAGCAACAAACUAUGAGCUAGCGCCAAGCAGUGACCUCCCUCUCAAACAUGUAGACACGAUGGGCUCAACAAAAUCCUCAAAGAGCAUGGAAUCACGGCGCAGACCAUCGAGGAGUGUGAGUCUGCUGCAGGCCCUGGAGGAGAGCUACGAGUUGGACCUGAUCUACAUCACAGAGAGAAUCAUCUCUGUCUCCUUCCCCAGCAGUGUGGAAGAGCAGAGUUAUGCUGCCAACCUGCGGGAGGUCGCUUCCAUGCUGCGCUCCAAACACGGUCACAACUACCUGCUCUUCAACCUAAGUGAGAAGCGUUAUGACAUCAGCCAACUUAAUCCAAAGGUGUUGGACUUUGGCUGGCCUGACCACCAUGCUCCAGCCCUGGAUAAAAUCUGCAGCAUCUGCAAGGCCAUGGACACCUGGCUGAGUGCGGACAGUCACAACGUGGUGGUCAUACACAACAAGGGCAACCGGGGCAGAACAGGAGUGGUGGUGGCAGCCUACAUGCAUUACAGCAACAUAUCUGCUAGUGCUGACCAGGCACUUGACAGGUUUGCCAUGAAGCGCUUCUAUGAAGAUAAAGUGCUUCCUGUGGGUCAGCCAUCACAGAAAAGGUAUGUGGAGUAUUUCAGCGGCUUGCUCUCUGGACACAUAAAGAUCAACAACAAACCCCUGUUUCUUCAUCAUGUCAUCAUGCAUGGCGUCCCCAACUUUGAGUCUAAAGGAGGUUGUCGUCCUUUUCUCAAAAUCUACCAGGCCAUGCAGCCUGUCUACACAUCUGGGAUCUAUAAUGUUCAGGGCGACAGCCAGACGAGCAUCUGCAUCACCAUUGAACCUGGUCUUCUCCUGAAAGGGGACAUCCUGCUCAAGUGCUACCACAAGCGCUACCGUAGCCCAUGCCGAGAUGUUAUUUUCCGGGUGCAGUUUCACACCUGUGCUGUUCACGACCUGGGGAUUGUCUUUGGAAAAGAUGAACUUGAUGAGACAUUCAAAGAUGACAGGUUUCCAGAAUACGGAAAAGUGGAGUUUAUUUUCUCCUUUGGGCCGGAAAAGAUUCAUGGUAUGGAUCACCUGGAAAAUGGGCCGAGCGUCUCGGUUGACUACAACACACAGGAUCCCCUGAUCCGCUGGGACUCCUAUGAAAACUUCAAUCAGAAUUGUGAGGACACCACAGAUGAAGUCAUCCAUACCCAAGGACCCUUGGAUGGCAGCCUCUAUGCCAAAGUUCGUAAAAAGGAGUCUGUUGAAGGAACAGUCACAGCAAAUGGCCUUCCACCCUCUGCUGUUGAACAUGCUCUACCUGCAGUUGACCAUGCCUUAUCAGUGAGCAGCGACUCAGGAAACUCUACUGCCUCCAUCAAAACUGACCGAACUGAUGAAGCAACAGCAGUCCCGCAGGCAUCCACAGUGAGCCAGGCACACGUUCCUGUAGUGGAAGAGUCACCCUCAGUCCAUCACCACACCCCACCUGCCCAACAACCAAUCAGUCCCCAAGAGAAACAGGAACUGGAGCAGCUGCUGAGUGGCUUGGAGGGGCCCAUGCACCGACAGGGCUACCUGUCCACCCCAACAUCUGCUGUUGGAGGGAUGCUUCACCUGGUCCCUGCCCAAGUCCAUGUCAAUGGACAUAGUAGCAUUGACCGUGAAACAGACAUUUUAGAUGAUGAGCUGCCUACCAGUCAGGAGGGCAACAGUGUGGACAGUCUUGGAACGUUCUCCUCCACAGAUGGAAGGGCUACACCAGCUGAUCUCUACUACCAGUCUGAGUCACAUAUCAAUGGCCAGGACCAUGUGCCAUAUCUGGAGCGCAGUGUCCCAGAGAAGACUCUGGAAGCCGUCCAGCCACAGGUUGGCAUAUCUGACAAACCUGUCACCUUGACCCAAAGUGAUUCAGCCCCAUCAUCGGGUACUUACAUGGCCACUCAGAAUGGCAACCUGUACCGCUCCCAGUCGUUUGGUGCUGAAUCCAAAUCUAUGCCACCAGCUCCCACCCGCACCACCAGUAGCAGGGAUGCCGUCCAGCGUGGUCUUAACGUUUGGCAGCGGUUUGGUGUGCCUGAGGAGCCAGUAACUGAAGGUUUCAGUUUUAGUCCACCUCCAUCUGUAGCAGUGAUGCCCAGCCACCACAGCCUCCCACAGUUCCCUCAUCGCCACAGCGCCUCCCAACAAGAGAUUGAACAAUCUAUUGAAACCCUUAAUCUCCUCAUGUUGGACCUGGAACCAGGCUGUUCGCUGGUGCCAAAGUCCCAAAGUGCUCCACUGCAGGAAAACAGUGUUGUAGUGACCACCCAGCCAUCCUUUUCCCAGAGCCAAACCAGGCCCUCCUACCAGGGCGAUGCCGCCAUUCAUACCCACUUCUCUGGUCCCAUAUCCAGUCACUCAUCACCAGCUCAGAUGUCACCUGGCAAGCCUACUGCCCUGGAGCCUGCACCUGUCCAGAGUUACACCUCUCAAACCACUGGAACUAGUCCUCCCUCACAAGCCUCUCCUACUGUAGCUGGUCACGUGCAGGUGAAGCCCAUUAACACCUACCCACCAAGCACACUGUCCCAUUCUGCAGAGGUUUCUGAACCCCAGAGAAGCCCUAGUGCUGCAUCUGCAUCGCCCCAGCCAAGAGACAGUGAGCCCGAUGAAGUCUUCAAUGUUGAAGGUCUGGUGGCUCAAAGAGUGGCAGAGUACUUGGCUCGUGCCCAAAGUGUCAUCCCCAGCAUGACCUCUUCUCAGUCUGAGCACCGCCGUUCUCAGUCCCUCUCGGGUGUCCAAGCUCGAGCAGUGCCCUCCGACGAGCCUGCAACUCUCCCUCGCCGUCGCAUCACUAGCGACAGCCAGCAUCAAAAUGGUCCUGACGAUGAUCCCUCUGCUGAUGUCCUUGUUCGUUCCCCUGUUCGAUGUGUUUCUCCAGAGUUUGUCAAUGCCAUAGCAUUGAACCCUGGAGGGCGGCCUAAGGAGAGAAAUAUGCACAGCUACCGAGAGGCCUUUGAGGAAAUGGAAGGAGGUCCCAUUAGUCCUACACCCACAGUUGGUGGUGAGGUGUUUCCCCAAACCCCUGCCUUCCCCAUCUCGCCGCAAACCCCUUACUUCAACCUGUGUCGGUCCCCUCCUGGUCUUGCUAAGACUCCACUGUCAGCCCUGGGGUUGAAGCCCCACAACCCAGCAGAAAUCCUCCUGAAUCAAACAGGCUCAGCACCAAGGAGCUACGUAGAGUCUGUGGCGAGAUCGGCAGCAGCAGGUGGGGAGCCUCCCACAUCGCCUCGGAGCCUUAGCCCACUGGGAGAGACUACGAGCCAGCAGAGAAGUCCAAGUCCUGCCACCCACACACUGAACCCACCUUUGUCCAGCAGCAGUCCCAUCCAGAGCUCACAGGGUGACCACCCCUUGGCAGAGAGCAGUGUUAGCACUCCGUCCCAACCCACUACUGAUUCAGGCUUCCGCUCCCAGGCUACAGAGAGUGCCUACCCAACUCCAACACCCUCAUAUCAAGCUGGGAAUACUCCCACCUCUUCCUACCUGGAUUCCAGCUCUCCAGCCUCUUCUUAUCUUGGCACUACUACCCCUACACUGUCCUACCUUGGCCCCAACACUCUCCUUGGGAGCUAUGUUGCCUCAGAUCCAAGUCCACCAACCACAGAACCCUCCCAGACCACACUCAGCCAUGGAAGUCCCCAUGCACAGCACCGGACCAACAUCCUUGGCUCUUCCCACAGUCCCGUCCUCCAGCAGGCUGGUUCCAUCAUGGUUCAGCAAACAUCACCGGCUAAUGGCUUUGAUGUGGGCAUGCCAGGUCUCAUGCCAGGUGGCAGUCCCAUCCUUGGUCGUCGUCUGUCUCAGGGAGCUCAGAAUAGCCCAGUCCUUAGCAGACAGGCCUCUUUGGGACAGGGGUCCCAGCGGAGUCCGGUCCUCAGCAGACAGCCGUCCCUGGGCCAACCCAUGCAGAGUAGCCCCGUGCUCAGCCGACAGCCAUCUAUCUCACACCCCCAGGGAAGUCCGGUUUUGGGCCGUCACCCGUCUGUGUCACAGGUGUCCCAGAGAAGCCCCAGUUUGGACCGUCACCCCAUGCACAGCGGUUACACAACCCCGGAUGAGAGACACGGGAACCUGUCAAGACAGAGCAGCUCCUCUGGCUACCAGGGACCACCCACUCCCUCCUUCCCCAUCUCGCCUGCAGGCUACCAGGAUGGGGGGAUGAUGGGGAUGAGUGCAGGGUUCAGGCAGGGUAGCCCAGUCCCUGGUUUCCAGCCCCAGCUUCCAGAGAAGAGGCGCAUGUCGAGUGGCGACAGACCAAAUGGAGCUGUGUCUUUUGGCACACUUAAUGGGAAGAUAAUGAGUGGAGGAAACACUCCCAGUUACUUCCACACCCUCUCUGAUUUCUCCAGGUUCAAUAUGCCCGAUGGAAGUCCCGAGAGCAGGCUGAAUGUUAAGUUUGUCCAAGACACAUCCAAGUUCUGGUACAAGCCAGAUAUUUCUAGGGAGCAAGCUAUUAGCCUGCUGAGAGAGAGGGAACCUGGAGCCUUUGUUAUUCGGGACAGUCACUCAUUCAGGGGGGCCUAUGGCUUAGCUAUGAAGGUGGCCUCUCCCCCGCCCUCCGUGCAUCAAAACAAGAAAGGUGACAUCACCAAUGAGCUGGUGAGGCACUUCCUGAUUGAGAGCAGCCCUAAAGGAGUGAAGCUGAAGGGUUGUCCCAACGAGCCUUACUUUGGCUGUCUGUCUGCCUUGGUCUACCAACAUGCUAUCACACCACUGGCCCUGCCCUGCAAGCUACUCAUCCCUACCACAGAUCUCACUGAGGAAGUACUAGAGGUCACAACGACAAAUCCACUGGCUGAGCGGCUGAAACAAGGAGCAGUGCAGAGGGCCCCUGCUGAUUCCCAUGCAUGCAAUGUGCUCUACAUCAACUCAGUGGAGAUGGAAUCCCUGACUGGCCCUCAGGCUGUUGCCAAGGCCAUAUCUGAAACACUGGCUGCCGCUUCUCCACCGACUGCCACCAUUGUGCACUUCAAGGUGUCUUCACAAGGCAUCACGCUGACUGACAACCAGAGGAAGCUUUUCUUCCGACGCCACUACCCUAGCAACACUGUCACGUUCUGCGAUAUUGACCCUCAGGACAGAAAGUGGAACAAGCCUGAGGGAGGCACAGCCAAGCUGUUUGGGUUUGUGGCCCGUAAGCAGGGAAGCACAACCGACAACGUCAGCCACCUCUUCGCUGAGACGGACCCUGACCAGCCUGCCAGCGCCAUCGUCAACUUUGUCUCGAAGAUGAUCUCCUCGCAGAAAUAAUGAGAGCUGUCAGCAAACCCUGGCGCUUUAAAAAAAAAAAUGCCUUUGGUUAUUUUCUUUCCUUUUAAUCACAGACACAUAUUUUCUGUUUUGGACAGUUUAGCAUUUGGUUUGAUGCGUCACCUUAUUUUUCCUGCUCUUUUACAUUUAGACAAAUGUGUUUGUGUAUGUUAGCGAAUGAAGAACAAAACAGAGAGUGUGUUUGUGUGUUUGUGUGUAUGUGGCUUGCAUGUGCUUUUCUUCUUGGAUGGACUCCAGAAUGGACCAGAGGAAGUGCAGGAUGGGGAGUGGCUGUGUGUGACAAUGGGACAGGAGGUGAUUUUAAUCUCCUUGGCAGGGUAACUCAUGAACAGGAAGAGGGAAUGACAUAGUGUGUGCAAAUGUUAUUUUUUUCAGCAAUUGUUUCAUUUUUAUUUUUUUAAAGAAGAAGUCAAGUUGUGUGAUGUAAAGGUGGAUUGUAAAUCUAUCAGGCUUUUGACUGGUCAACCAAAGAUUUUAAAAAAGUAGUCAGGGCGUGUAUAGUUUGCCACUGUUGGAGGGUUGGAAGUAUUCUUUUGUAAAAACAAAUGGCUGCUUAAUCAAAAAUACUGAACUGUUUCUUUCUGUAUGUACUGAUACUGUAGGUCAAUUCUGUACCUUUGCAAUCUUGCAAACAAUGUUUUGGGACAUUUUUGCAGCUGGUGAGGUCUGUGUAAAUAUUCUAGAUUGCUUUAUGAGUAGGACUGUUCUAAGUGACAUUUGGUGCCUGACUUUUUUUGUACUGCAGAGCUUUUUAAGAAAAAAAAAGAACAUAAAACUUAUUCAGGCUGUCUUAAAUAUGCAAAAUAGCCAAACUUUGAAAUAAGAUUGUUCUCCAAAAUUCCACAGGUCCUUCCCUGUUCGAUGUAGUAGUGAAGCUAAAGAUGUAACUGAUGGUAUUCCUCUGAAGUGCAGCUAGAGUCAAAAUCAGGUAAACCAGUUUUUUGUGAAUUUGCUGUAUGGGGGUGAGCAUCAGUAAGAAGGCCAUUGAAUCAUCAACAGUCAAGUCUCUUGAUUGUUUUGGUUGGACAAGCUUCCUGUAUGCCACCAUCCUCUGUUCAGUCUGUGCAGCCUACAGUCACACUAUUUCGCUCAUGACUGAAGGGCCGAGAGUUGUUUUGUGAGGACGAUCUUUGUAGAAAAGUGUUGUCCUGCUAUACUACUCUUCUGUUUUCUGUGUUGAAAGUUUCCAUCAAUAGAAAGAAGCUCUUUGCGUCAGCCGGCCAAAACUGUUAACACUCACACCCUACCCAAAAGUAAGCUAUACAUAUAAAUAUACAUAUAUAGAUAUAUAUAAAAACUUCCAAACAGUGACUUAAGAUAUUUAUUUUUUUUGCUUUGUUGCUCUAUGUUAUCUUGUAUACAUGUAUUAUAAAGUAUACAUCAAGAUUACUGAAAGUGAGAAGAAAAAAAUGCUUUUUAUUUUGGCUAAGGUCAAUAGCAUUGACAUAUAUAAGGUGUAAAGUGUGUGCAUUUAAAAGUGUAUCACUGUUGUUUCUGAAUGUUUUUAUUCACAGCAUUACUUCCUUCUGUUAACAUUCUUGUUUUCUUGGGGAAGGCUUUUUGUUUUUGUUCUUGUUUUUUAAGGGAGGGGAAAUGUUUUGUAUGAAAAGAUUGUUGUUACUGAAGUCCAAAUUGGAGUUAUCCUAAAGUGAUGCCAACAAAAUUGUUUUAUUAACUUAAACCUGCCUAGAAAAUACAUUGUCCAAGUUUAGCACUUAAUGUUGACAUAUUACCAGUGUGUUUCUACAAAAAGAUAAGAUAUGGACGUUGACAGACCCAUGUCAUGUCAUCAUUGCAUGUGUGGAGGGAGGCUAUAGUUCCUCAGUCUCCACAGCAUGAUCACUGAGCACUGAUCAAGAUCAGUCAGUAACUGCUGCCCUCAUGUGGUGUAGAAUGGUCAUUACAAAUGAACCACUUUUAUUCUAAUACAGUGUUUUAGCUGUAAUUACGGCAGGUUUAAGGGUAAAUGUUUGGGUUAAAUUUGAUCACUGAGAAAAUGAACUAAAACAGUUUUAAUACUGAUUCCUAUGCUUAUUUUCUUAGCAAAUUUGUUUUUUGUUUGACUUUUUAAGUCCCAUUCAAGUAUAGAGUGUGUGGUGAUUUCAUCUCCUUUCUUUAUGCCUGAUACACUAAGAUCAGUUGGCCGCAUGAUGUAAAAUAAUUAGUUAAGGGUUAGUUUGGGGGCCUGCAUUGACUCAAAUGUACUUCUUCAAAACAAAACAAAACAAAAAAAUACAGCACUUACAGGGCUUUUAUAUCUGACUAGAAUGUUCCAUUAUUUAUUAGCGGGAGCCUGCACGCUCAAGUCAGCUUGUUACCUUAGCACUGCUGACUGUAAUGUGUACACAAUAUCCUCAAGUCUUACUCAGCUAGUCUUUUCAGAAAGAUGCCCAUAGGUAGCAAUCAUCAGGUUUAGAUUUUCCUGUGAUGACUGUGUCUUGACUCAGCUUAUGAGACAGAAUAAUCUAUAUUUUUGCCAACAAAAUGCUUGUUGAGAAAAGAGGACUUCCUCUUCUUCAAACUGAAUGUUAGCCAUUUGUUUGCCAAGAUGGAAACUCCAGUGGCAUCUGCCCAUUUUGACAGGUCAGUCUGGACUGUAGAAUGCGUGUGAAUGAGCUACUAUGCCUGUAUAGAGCGCUUUGUCAUUUUUGGUUUGCUAUGUUGUAUGGCCUUUACUAUUUCUGAUGAAAAAAAAACACAUUAAAAAGCAGUACAAAUCAAAA